UACGCCGUCUUAAAGUUCGUGGGAAUCCUUUUAGAACGCUGGCGGUUAACACACGUGCUCGUGACUCGUCGAUCAUUCACUACUGAGUAGUGGGACUAGGGUUAGCUGCAGACAUCUACUCGCAUUCAAUUCAACAACUAGGAAGAAUACGAAGUUGUUUGGUUAAACUUUCAUAUAUGUUGUGAAUUCAAAUGGCAUCGGGGCUAUUAUCCAGGACUCUCUUUGCCCACCGCUUUCUCAAGUCUUCCACUUUCUACAAGCCUCAAUUCUUUCUUUCUGCCUUCAACAAGAAACCAUUUUACUCCCAAGCUGCACCAACCUAUUUCUCUUACAAGGUUGUGGGUUCUGUUACUUGUUGCGUGGCUUCAUCAAGGGUAGGAACACGGUCAACAUUCUCAACACUAGCUGUGUCCACCAAUGAACCUGUUGUUUCAGUUGACUGGCUCCAUGCAAACCUCAAAGAGCCUGAUGUGAAGGUGUUGGAUGCAUCUUGGUACAUGCCAGAUGAGCAGAGAAACCCACUUCAAGAGUAUCAGGUUGCACAUAUUCCAGGAGCACUCUUCUUUGAUGUAGAUGGCAUAUCUGAUCGUACUUCAAAUUUUCCACAUAUGCUGCCAUCCGAAGAAGCAUUUGCAGCUGCUGUGUCUGCUCUUGGAAUCGAGAACAAAGAUGGGGUUAUUGUCUAUGAUGGGAAGGGCAUUUUCAGCGCAGCUCGUGUAUGGUGGAUGUUUCGAGUUUUUGGACAUGACAGAGUUUGGGUUCUAGAUGGUGGCUUGCCAAGAUGGCGUGCUUCUGGAUAUGAUGUUGAAUCCAGUGCAUCUAGUGACGCAAUUUUGAAAGCUAGCGCUGCCAGUGAAGCAAUAGAGAAAGUAUAUCAAGGACAGACGGUUGCACCUAUUACCUUUCGGACCAAGUUUCAGCCAAACCUCGUCUGGACCCUUGAUCAGGUUAGGAAGAACAUUGAAGAGACAACAUAUCAGCAUAUAGAUGCUCGAUCCAAAGCUAGGUUUGAUGGUGUUGCACCAGAGCCUCGAAAAGGAAUAAGAAGUGGUCAUGUACCUGGGAGCAAGUGCAUUCCUUUUGCACAGAUGCUGGAUGGCUCUCAUACACUAUUAUCUACUGAAGAGCUCAAGAAAAAGUUUGAUCAGGAAGGUAUCUCUUUGGACAAGCCUGUAAUAACUUCUUGUGGUACUGGGGUGACGGCUUGCAUACUUGCCUUGGGGCUCCAUCGACUUGGAAAGACUGAUGUUCCCGUGUAUGAUGGUUCGUGGACGGAAUGGGGGGCACAUCCAGAUGCACCAGUCUCCACAUCUGAAGCAUAGAUGCAAGCAUGCUAUUAAUGAGUGUAUCUACAUGUGACAUUACAAGGUUUGCCUUGUCCGUUUCUUAUUGGUGAAUAUGACAGCAGCAGUUGUAUCUUCGAAUAAUGAAAUAUAGAUCCCGGUCACUUUUUAGCUUUUUUGGAACCCUUCUCUCUUUCUGGGAGUUAAUUGAGCACAUAAAUAGGUCAGCGGUC